AUGCCUUCUAGGGAGGCCACCCUCCAGGUAGAAGACUCUUUCCAUAGCCAAGUGAAUACAGGCAUCUCUUCCCAGUCUGAGGUGACCCAAGAGAAGGGGCAGGAGAUGGAAGAAGAGGACCCAGGAGGAUUUGGGACUGGUGAGGCAGCAAGCAAAGGCCUCCAUCCCAUCCAAGCUGGGAGUGGUACUGACUUCUGGGAAAGAGAUGUGCCACAGAUCCUGGCUCAGGACAGCGUAACCUCAGAUGUCGAUUGCCAAUGCUUCCGGCUGCUCUGCUACAAGGAGGCUGAUGGGCCCCGAGAGGGAGAAGCCACUCUUCACAGCCAAGUAAAUACAGGCAUCUUUGCCCAGUCGGAGGUGACCCAAGAGAAGGGGCAGGAGAUGGAAGAAGAGGACCCAGGAGGAGCUGGGACUGGCAAAACAGCAAGCAAAGGCCCCCGUCCCAUCCCAGCUGGGAGUGGUGUUGAAUUCUGGGAAAGAGCUGGGCCAGAGAUCCUGGCUCAGGACACCAUAACCUCUGAUGUCAAUUGCCAGCACUUACAGUUGUUCCGCUACCAUGAAGCCGAUGGGCCCCGAGAGGUUUGCAGUCAGCUCCAUAGACUUUGCAACCAGUGGCUGAAACCGGGGGAGCACAGCAAGAAGCAGAUCCUGGACCUGAUGUUGGGACAAUCCAUGAAGAUAGAAGUUACAAUUCCUGAGGCGGAAGGAGGUCCUUCUGAGGAGGGGCAGAGGGCGCAGGCCAUGGAGUGUGCCCAAGAUGGCCUCUCCUGUGCAAAAGAUGAUCAGAGGAAUGAGGAGGGUGAGGAAUUUCAUCAUCAAAUGCCAGAGAGAGAUAAAAAUGAAACCUUAAAGGAAAACGUCAGGAAUCGAAGCAGAGCAAAGAGAAAUAAAGGUGGCAGUAUGGUUGAGAAACGAGAUGGAAGAGAGCAUAAUGCACAUUUUCCAAAGCACAGGAUAAUGAAGCAGAGUGGCAGUCUUCAACGGCAUCUUAGAACCCACACAGGGGAGAAACCUUUUGAAUGCUCAGAGUGUGGAAAGAGAUUCAGUGUGAGAGGCACUCUUCAACAGCAUCAGAGAACCCACACAGGGGAGAAACCUUUUGAAUGCUCAGAGUGUGGAAAGAGAUUCAGUCAGCAUUGCACUCUUCAAAGUCAUCAGAGAACCCAUACAGGGGAAAAACCUUUUGAGUGCUCUGAGUGUGGGAAAAGAUUCAGUCACAGUCAGCAUCUUCAAAAUCAUCUGAGAACCCACACAGGGGAGAAACCUUUCGAAUGCUCAGAUUGUGGAAGGAGAUUCAGUGAGAGGGGGUCUCUCCAAAACCAUAAGAGAACCCACACAGGGGAGAAACCUUUCGAAUGCUCAGAGUGUGGAAAGAGAUUCAGUCUGAGAGGCACUCUUCAACAGCAUCAAAGAACUCACACAGGAGAGAAACCUUUUGAAUGCUCAGACUGUGGAAAGAGAUUCAUACAAAGUGGCAAACUUCAGCGCCAUCGGAGAACUCAUACAGGGGAGAAACCUAGAUUCAGUUAUAGUAACGCACUUAAGUUGCACAAAAGAACUCACACAGGGGAAAAACCUUUUGAAUGUUCAGAGUGUGGAAAGAUAUUCAGCAUGAGAGACAGUCUUCAAACCCAUCAGAGAACUCACACAGGGGAGAAACCUUUCAAAUGCUCAGAGUGUGGAAAGAGAUUCAGUCAGCGUUGCACUCUUCAAAGUCAUCAGAGAACCCAUACAGGGGAAAAACCUUUUGAGUGCUCUGAGUGUGGGAAAAGAUUCAGUCACAGUCAGCAUCUUCAAAAUCAUCUGAGAACCCACACAGGGGAGAAACCUUUCGAAUGCUCAGAUUGUGGAAGGAGAUUCAGUGACAGGGGGUCUCUCCAAAAGCAUAAGAGAACCCACACAGGGGAGAAACCUUUCGAAUGCUCUGAGUGUGGAAAGAGAUUCAGUCAACGUUGCACUCUUCAAAGUCAUCAGAGAACCCAUUCAGGGGAAAAACCUUUUGAAUGUUUUGAGUGUGGAAAGAGAUUCCGUCUGAGUGGCCAUCUUCAAAGUCAUCAGAGAACCCAUACAGGGGACAAACCUUUUGAAUGCUUUGAGUGCGGGAAGAGAUUCAGUAGCAGUGGCAAUCUUCUACUUCAUCAGAGAACCCAUACAGGGGAGAAACCUUUUGAAUGCUCAGAGUGUGGGAAAAAAUUCAGUUGUAGAAGCAAUCUUGAAGUGCACCAAAGAACCCACACAGGAGAAAAACCUUUUCAGUGCUCAGAGUGUGGAAGGAGAUUCAGUGAGAGGGGGUCUCUCCAAAAGCAUCAGAGAACCCACACAGGGGAAAAACCUUUCGAAUGCUCAGAGUGUGGAAGGAGAUUCAGUGAGAGGGGGUCUCUCCAAAAAUUUAAGGAGAUGACCCUCCGUCUCAGUUAUAAAGAUAUUGGGGUCUAG